UCUGCCAGAACGGGCCCGACACUAGAGUGCUCUGGCUCGAUUGCGACCCAGCAGAUUAUGCUAUCAAACCUGCAAGGAUGAUGUAUGUUGUAGAUCUAUGGAUUUUGAUUACAUCUAAAAGUCCCUCUUGGAUGUGCUGUGAUGUAGAUUGUACUGUACGGAAUGAACUCCGUUGACUUGUGGCUAAAACCCCACGAUUUUUUAAAACAUGUUAGCGCGAGUGGCGCCAAAAAGUUCGAAGCUCUAAGCCCACCCUUUCGAGAACGUCAAGUCAUACAACCUCGCCGAACUGUAAUAACUCAUAUGGCUCCCAUACGCAAGACUGCGAAGCGUGCAUCGGGUCCGUCGUCGUACCCUGCACCUACCUCCACCUUUACCACUACCAAGAAAGACAAGCAAGCUAUCAAGCACUCUGUCCUCAUCUCUAAGAUCCAAAAAUCAGCACCUAAUCAGAGAGUGACCAAAAGACGCCGCCCGAAUAAGAAACUCGUCGCCACCCUAGAAAGCUUAGCAGAUGCCCUUCCAGAUGAUGGCGUCAGUCCAGAGAAUGCCAGUAAGGUAGUGGGACAAGCAAGAGUGGUAAAAUCAAGCACAGGCAAGGAAAAGGGCACCACGAGUCUGAAAGCCACGAAGGGUGUGGCGAAGAAGAGAGCGAAAAUCGAAGCACUUGAGCGGCAGCGCAUGAGCAUGAAUAUGGCCGCGAUGGCUUCGGCACACGGACAGGCUAUGGAAGAAGGCGUCGUAAGGAGUACAGAAGAGAAGAUGAGUGGUGCAGUGCAAGACCGCUGGGCUGCGCUGAGGCGACAUGUUGCGGCGAACAUGGAGAAGAAGGAGGAGUUCGAAACUUGACAGAGUGCAGAGUAGUGCUUAGUGAUACCCAAUAUAUUCAGCGUCUAUAGACAGCGCUAUAGAGUGCCUAGAGCUGGAGUCUUUCUGCGACCACUAUUGUAGUAAUGCGCACCCCUUGCGCAUA